CCUACAGAAAGGGGCGGAGCCUGGACUGGGCGGUGGAGGGGCAGGCUCACAUUCAGGUUAAAUUGCGGAUUGAGCUCCCAGUUACAGACAGCUGACCAUGGAAGCGAACGGGUUGGGCCUAGCAUACUGACACCUACCCCUGCCCCCACCUGAUCGCCAGACCUCAGGGUUUUCCGGAGCUGAAGAAUGACACAUUCCUGCGAGCAGCCUGGGGAGAGGAAACAGACUACACUCCCGUUUGGUGCAUGCGCCAGGCAGGCCGUUACUUACCAGAGUUUAGGGAAACCCGGGCUGCCCAGGACUUUUUCAGCACGUGUCGCUCUCCUGAGGCCUGCUGUGAACUGACUCUGCAGGUGAGGGGGUGCACAAAAGAGGGAAAGAUUUAUGCCUUCAGUCUGCCACCUAGCAACCUGUCUCCUGUUUCCUACAGCCACUGCGUCGCUUCCCUCUGGAUGCUGCCAUCAUUUUCUCCGACAUCCUUGUUGUACCCCAGAUGUUUUCUCCCCCUCCAGGCACUGGGCAUGGAGGUGACCAUGGUACCUGGCAAAGGACCCAGCUUCCCAGAGCCACUAAGAGAAGAGCAGGACCUAGAACGCCUACGGGAUCCAGCAGUGGUAGCCUCUGAGCUAGGCUAUGUGUUCCAAGCCAUCACCCUUACCCGACAACGACUGGCUGGACGUGUGCCGCUGAUUGGCUUUGCUGGUGCCCCAUGGACCCUGAUGACAUACAUGGUUGAGGGUGGUGGCUCAAGCACCAUGGCUCAGGCCAAGCGCUGGCUCUAUCAGAGACCUCAGGCUAGUCACCAGCUGCUUCGCAUCCUCACUGAUGCUCUGGUCCCAUAUCUGGUAGGACAAGUGGCAGCUGGUGCCCAGGCAUUGCAGCUGUUUGAGUCCCAUGCAGGGCAUCUUGGCCCACAGCUCUUCAACAAGUUUGCACUGCCCUACAUCCGUGAUGUGGCCAAGCGAGUGAAGGCCAGGUUGCGGGAGGCAGGCCUGGCACCGGUGCCCAUGAUCAUCUUUGCUAAGGAUGGGCAUUUUGCCCUGGAGGAGCUGUCCCAAGCUGGCUAUGAGGUGGUUGGGCUUGACUGGACAGUGGCCCCAAAGAAAGCCCGGGAGUGUGUGGGGAAGACGGUGACAUUGCAGGGGAACCUGGACCCCUGUGCCCUGUAUGCAUCUGAGGAGGAGAUUGGGCAGCUGGUGAAGCAGAUGCUGGAUGACUUUGGUCCACAGCGCUACAUUGCCAACCUGGGCCAUGGGCUUUAUCCUGACAUGGACCCAGAACAUGUGGGUGCCUUUGUGGAUGCUGUGCAUAAACACUCGCGUCUGCUUCAGCAGAACUGAGUGUACACCUUUACCCUCAAGUACCACUAACAGAUGAUCGUUUCCAGGACAAUAAAAGUUUCAGAGCUGAA